AUGCCGAUUUCCAAGAAAGACAGAAUCCAGCGCGAGCACAAAAAAGCGGACAAGGCAGGCACCCGCGCGCCGGUCAAGGCGAAUGGACUGCCCGUCAAGGCACCAAAGCCUACUUCAAUUACACGCCGACUACGAAGUUCGAAAUGCAAGCGACAUUUCGAUAUCAGAGGAGCGCUUGCAUCCUACAUGCCGUAUCCACGGGCUAUCCGAUACACAUGCACUCUGAGCUGGACAAGAUUUGAUUACGCCGGUCUUAUACCACAAGCCCGUAUAACUUCAUACGCUUUAGCCUCAGAUGUUGCCUCCAAUGACAUCGAAACCAGUCUGGCUGCAGUCUCGCAAAGCGUUUCAGUCGGUACAACCCACUACAAACGACUCCCUUGCUGUGGGCUAGACGCGGUGUAUAAGAUUCAACAAGAUGAUAGCCACUUAUUCUCUUCACCUCUAGUAUGCGACUCCCAGCGAAACAAUGUUCGUGCCUGUCUUGCACGUCUACGCUCUAUCGGCACCGGAGAACGCAUUCGAGAUGCGGACAUGGGCACACCCGCAUCUCCGGUGCGCUGUCAACAUACCCUAACCUAUCAGAAGAUUUCUAGUCGAAUGGACAUCAAGACAUGCUGCCUCAUCUGGAUCUCAUUUACUGACCUGAGCUCGUUUGCGCGAGCCGUUAGCGUAUUCGACCACCCCAGCAGGGCCAAGGUGCCGGAUUUACAGCAUAUCACCGCAGAAAGACACCUAUCACAUGGAUAUUGGCGAGACACCAGAUGCAGACGAACUGGUCCUGACUACUGUAUUCUCAACAACAUACGGUUCCAGGUUGUCAGAAUCUGUAUAGCUCAAAAUCCUAAUCUCUUUCAUGUCAACAAAUUUGCCUUUUCUUCUCACCGCUCUUGCUGCAGCCCACUGAGAUUGAACCCUGGAAAUUGUCUUCUGGCAGGGUGGCUCGUGGAAGUAAUCGCUUGUUCUUUGGUACCCUCAUACUAA